UGUGUAGUGAAGUACGUGCUGAAAUUGUUUAUAUUAUUUACCUUAGUUGCUUUGCGUUUUAUUUGUUGAAAAUUAUUUUUAUUAACUUCGUAAAAAUCAGUGCCAUUAACUUCAUCGUUUGUAGCCAACAUUAUUACAAAAUUGUCGGUUUUACACAACUGAUAUAAACAUAAGGUAAAAGGAAGUUUACUCAAAAUCAUCAUGUCGUCCGAUGAUAUUUCACAUCAGAUAUUGGCUUUAAUACAAGGUAUUCCUGCAGGAGCAAAUAAUGAUGAUUUAGAAAAAGGAUUACCCGAUGUUCCACCAGCAACUCGAGUUGAAGGACUUAAUAAACUAUUGAAACAGGGAUCAAUAGAAAUCUUGAAAAAAGGCGAUAAACUCUUUUACCGAUCAAAAGACCCCAAGAAGAGUGUAUUACCGAAAGAUGCCGAUAACGAAGAGAAAAUUGUUUAUGGUAUCAUCGAAGAGGGUAGCAAUAAAGGUAUAUGGAUACGUGAUAUACGCAUACAAUCAAAUUUAAAUAUGACACAGUUAAAUAAAAUAUUAAAAAAUUUGGAAACUAAAAAGCUCAUCAAAGCAGUAAAGUCUGUGAAUGCCAGCAAAAAGAAAGUGUAUAUGUUAUAUAACUUGGAACCAGAUCGUUCAGUUACCGGAGGUGCUUGGUAUCAAGAUCAAGACUUUGAAGCAGAGUUUGUUGAUGUUUUAAAUCAGCAAUGUUUGCGGUUUUUACAAAUGAAACGUGAAAAUGCUUUGAAAAAAGGUGAGGGCCCUUUGGCAUUUAAGCAAUUGUCAUGUUGUACAGUUAAAGAAGUACACAAGUUCAUAUCCGACUUGGGUAUAAGUAAGGUGAAUUUAGACGAAGAUGACUUGGAAACAAUUUUAAAAACUGUCGUAUAUGAUGGUAAUGCUGAGCGAAUUCUCAUGUCAGAUAGUGUAUUUGUUUAUAGAGCCAUAAAUUCACCUUUACCUCCUCCAGGGCUUGUGCAAAUGCCGUGUGGCAUUUGUCCUGUAAUUAAAAACUGUUCUAAAUGUGGUGAUGUAACACCCACAAAAUGUCAUUAUAUGAAAGAAUGGUUGGAUUAGAAAGAUAAUAAAAUUUGUUAAACGACUUAGUUUACAUAAUGUGUUUCGGUAAGAAAAUA